AUGGGUAUCGGUCGUCGCAUGGGAACCAAGCAGGGAGUCCCUGCACCCCUCGAUGAAUCAAAAAUCUCAAUGCUGAAGAAGCGCAAGGCCGGCAGCGCCGAGGCUCCGAAGGCUACUCCGAAGGCUGCAUCAAAGCGCCGCAGAUCCGAUGCUGACGAGUCUGCGUCGAAGAAAGCAGUUCCUAAGAAGAAGAAGGUCUCUGCCGCUCCUGUCAAGGCUGAGAAGAAGGUCACCAAGAAGGCUGUGCCAGUGCCCAUGUCCGACGACGAUGAGGAAAUGGAGGAUGAUGAGUUCGGUGAUCUCGACGGAAUCAGCGAAGGCUCAAUGGAUAGUGAUGACCAAGUGGAGGGACUUUCCGACCUGGAGGAUGAUGAUAACUCUUUCGUUGAUUCUGACGAGGAGGGUCACGCCCGUGGUGCCAUGUUCUCUGACGACGAGGACUCCGAUGCCGAAGAGAGAUUGACCGCCGCCAACAUUGAGGGUCUGUCACGAAAGCUGGACGCCGAGCAGCAGGAAGAAGAGGAGGAUGCCGAGCAGGAAUUGCAGGAGGCCCAAAUGCAGACCAACAUUGGUGCGCCUGAUGUGUUCGCCGAUGAGAACCAGCAACAGGGACUCGCACCCGAUCUUCAGCUCCUCCGCCAGCGCAUUACAGAUACCAUUCGAAUUCUGGGUGACCUGAAGGCACUUGGUCAGCCUGGAAGGUCCCGUACCGAUUACGUCGAUCUCCUGCUCGACGACAUCUGCACCUACUACGGCUACACCCGAUUCCUUGCCGAGAAGCUGUUCAACCUGUUCACUCCCAUGGAAGCCUUUGCCUUCUUCGAGGCUAACGAAACCCCUCGUCCCGUUGUCAUUCGUACCAACACCUUGCGCACCAACCGUCGAUCCCUCGCCCAGGCCCUGAUCAACCGUGGUGUUGUCCUCGAGCCCGUUGGCAAGUGGUCCAAGGUCGGUCUCCAGGUUUUCGAAUCUCCCGUGCCUCUUGGUGCCACCCCUGAGUACCUCGCUGGUCACUACAUUCUCCAGGCCGCUUCUUCUUUCCUCCCCGUCAUGGCUCUCGCCCCCCAGCCCAACGAGCGCGUUCUCGAUAUGGCAUCUGCGCCCGGUGGUAAGACGACAUACAUGUCUGCGCUCAUGCGCAACACUGGCUGCGUGAUCGCAAACGAUGCCAGCAAGCCCCGUGCCAAGGGUUUGAUUGGUAACAUCCACCGUCUUGGCUGCAAGAACACCAUUGUAACGAACAUGGAUGCUCGUACCGCUUUCCCCAAGGCCAUGGGUGGCUUCGAUCGUGUUCUGCUCGAUGCCCCUUGCACUGGUACCGGUGUCAUUUCGAAGGACCCCGGUGUCAAGACCUCCAAGAACGAGCGUGAUUUCCUCGCCAUUCCCCACAUGCAGCGUCAGCUCCUGUUGGCCGCUAUUGACUCCGUUGACCACGCAUCCAAGACUGGUGGAUACGUCGUUUACUCUACUUGCAGUGUGACCGUUGAAGAGAACGAGGCCGUUGUGCAGUAUGUCCUCCGCAAGCGCCCCAAUGUUAAGAUUGUGGACACUGGCCUUGGCGGCUUUGGUAGCCCUGGAUUCCUUAGCUACAUGGGCAAGAAGUUCGACCCCAAGAUGGCGCUUACCCGCCGUUACUUCCCUCACCGUGAGAACGUUGACGGUUUCUAUGUCUGCAAGCUCAAGAAGACUGCCGUGACUCCCCCACCCAAGGCUGAGGAUGGUGAGUCUCGUUCCGCUGGACGCAAGAAGUCCCGCAGCGCCUCAGCUGCAUCCUCCGAUGACGAGAUGGUUGACAAGACUCCGAUUGUCGACGAGGAUGGACACGCUGCCGACUUUGAAGGCGGUGCUUUCAGCGCCUUUGAAGAUCCCGAGGAUGCUGAGCGUAUUGCUCGUGCUGAGCGCAACCGUCUGCGUCGCAAGGGUCUCAACCCCAAGGGCGUUCUGAACAAGCCCAAGAAGAGCAAGGCUGAGGCUUCGCAGAAGACUAGCAAGACCGAGGAACCUAGCCAAGAAGAGGAGACCAAGACUAUUGCGUCGAAGAAGUCCACUAAUGAGCCCAAGGGUGAGAAGAAGACUGUCACCAAGGGCAAGGAAGAUAAGCCCGUGAGUGCAGAGAAGGCAGAGCAGAAGCCUGCUAAGGCCAAGGGCGAGAAAAAGGACAAGAAGUCGGCCAAGAAGGCCACCAAAUGA